CACAUACAAAAAUGUGUUCCCGUAGGUAAUUUUUUCUCUAGUCUAUGGCUGCGCGCAUCUGUUUUCUGUCAACCAAUGAAAAUGAAGCAUUUGUUAAAAGUUGCAAAGUAGGUCAAUCCGAUUUCUCGCCAUUGUCCCCCCUUAUAUAAAGGAACGCUUUCUGUUGGCGAGUGUAACUAUUCAGUAUCUGAAUAUCAAUCAUGCCAGCUAAAGGUGUUGCAAGCAAAGGAUCCAAGAAGGCCGCCACUAAGGCAAAGGCCGCAAGGUCUACUGACAAGAAACGCAGGAGGAGAAGGAGGGAAUCCUACUCUAUCUACAUCUACAAGGUAUUGAGACAAGUUCACCCCGAUACCGGUGUCUCAAGCAAAGCCAUGUCCAUCAUGAACAGCUUUGUCAACGACAUAUUCGAGAGAAUCGCCGCCGAGGCUUCAAGACUCGCC